AUGCGACACCGGAGGGGACAGCCACAAGCAGCACACGAACUGGCGUGGAAGAAACAGCCGGUGCCAUUACAGGAGCGGGCGGCAGUUGCCAAACAGCGCAGUGAAGAUUUAAGCAGUCAUGGAGAAGAAAAGAAAGAAGUGACUGAAGGAAAAGAUAAUGAAAUGUUAACAAUGGUGUCACAUUUCUAUGAUUCAAUAAAAUCUCUGACUAAUUUUCAUUCUCAGUAUCCACAGUUGACUACUUUGUACAUUACUGGGAUACCCCUUGAUUCCCUGAAUGGAGUGCAACAUUUACCACAUCUUACACAGUUGUUUGCUAUGAAAUGUAAACUGCGAAAUGUAAGUGCUGUGGAAGAGUGCUAUCAUUUGGAGAAACUGUGCUUAUACUCCAAUGUGAUCCAAGAAAUACCUGAUCUUAAGCACGUGCAGAAAUUGCAAGCUUUGUGGUUAUCAGGAAAUGAAAUUUCCUGUAUUAAGAAUCUUGAAUCUCAGAAGAAUUUGUGUGAACUGUAUCUAAAUAAUAAUAAAAUCAAGGAAAUAGGCUCAUCAUUGAAGGAAAACAAAAAUUUGCAUACCUUGAAUUUGGCUGCCAAUCCAAUCUUUUCCCUGAAGGAAAUAAUCAGCUUGGCAGAACUUCCAUCUCUCACAUCUCUAAUACUUGCAGACUCUCAGCAUGACAUGCAACCAAUGACUGAACUCUUGAACUACAGCUCAUAUAUUAUCUAUCAUUUAAACAAGCUGGAAAUCUUGGAUGGAUAUCCAGUUGAUCAAAGAGAGAGAAGCAGAGUGACGCUGUUUUAUAGUAACCUACUUCUUCAGUUCCGCAUAUUGAAGUACAAACUCCUGGGUGAUUAUUAUAAGGAGAUCUGGAUAAAGCAAGAAGAAAAUAGAGAAGCAUUAGCAAGAUUCAGAAAGUGGUACCAGAUUUAUAUGUCAUUAGCUGUUCAGGUGCACAAAAACUUCCUUUCAGAGGACAGUGAUAACUGGGGCAAUUAUGUUGAACUGUUACACUUAAUGGCUGAGAAAGCUGACUGUUCAUCAAAUCAUGUGCAGAAUUCAACUGUUUUUCAUGGGAUCUCAAGCUACUUACAGAAUGACCUCAUUGAUUCCAGUGCUGAAGUCAUUCAUGCAGAAAUUACGGAAGAACUAAAGGAAAUGCCAUGUGUUGCAGUUAUUAUGGGUGAAACACUUGAGAGAGGUGAAGAACCGAAAUGUAAUUUGCAACGUGAUGAUAUAAAGACAAGACUUGACUACUUAUCAAUUGAAGUAAAAAACUGGGAUGCUGAAGUUGCAGAGUAUAUGGCCUUUCUCUCAACAAUGAGAAAGAUCAGACUUACUCAACUGGAUUAUGAACUGGAGAAUGCAAACAAUCUGAAGUUCAUUGGAUAUGAGGCUGAUACUGAAAUUGUAGAUAUUUUUAAUACUAUUAUGAAUUCAUAUUGCUGUUCGCACAUUGAAAGGCAGUAUGAUAUUGUUGGCAUACAAGUAAUUCGUGUGACUCAAAUUGUGAACAACAGCUUCAAAGCAAUGAUCAGAAGUUAUAGCUCUCACAAUUUAUCAAGAGAUGCCAUCAUGUUAGUCAAUCCAACUCCAGUUUCUGCUCUUAGUGACUGGCCAUUUCAAAUACUGGAGAAGGGAUUCAUGGUUAACAAACCAUUGUCUAUAAGUGUGACAGACUGCUUGGAUUUUGCUGAUGCCUCCUGGAUGAGUACGUUACACAAAUUAAGACAACGUAACAUAUCUCUGACAGAUCAAAUACAGAAUUCAAUUAGAGUCACAGUCAUUGUAAAAUUACCUGAGGAAAACCCUUUUCCAAGAAACAGGGAACAACUGUAUAAAUCGGAAGAAGAUCAAGAACAAAAGUCUUCUAAUACUGAUGAAGCUACUGGAUUGCAUAUACUUGAGCCCACAGAUCCUAAGAAAUGCCAGGUUUACCACAUUUCAGAUAGCAAUGACAUUAUCCCUGUUUAUGUUGUCGAAUACAAAUAUAAAUAUAAGGUUGCAUCUGCUUAG